AUGUCUGGAGCAUCAUUGAAGGACCUUUCGAAGGCGCUCAACGGCGUUUUCUUACCAACACCUCCCUCCCUCCCCCUCUCCGAUGAUCUACACGCAACCAUGGAAGCCUACCUCAGCAGGCACCCCACUCCAACCUCCGACGAAUCCCCCAAACUACAAGACGAGCUCAUUCAACUCCACGCCAAAUUUCCCUCCACCCAACCCUCCCCCGCCUUCCUCACCCUGCUGAAGACGAUGCAACCAAGCUUGGCGCCGGAAGCGAUGUUGAAGUGGUGGGAACUGCUGUUCAGGCCGAUCUAUGAGAAGAGCGUGGAUGAUGCGCAAAGUCGUGUCGUACUUGAUAUCACGCACGAUAUCUUGUUUACGGCCAUGGAGAAUGGGACGGAUGGGGAUGAGUCGACGCAGACUACGAGGGCGCUGAGGAAGAGGAUCUUGGAUCUCUACUUUCCGUCACUCAACCCACCGAUCUCGUUGGAGAAAUUGAUAUUGGCGUACGCCAAGCUUCAUCCGAAAGCGUUCUUCAACGCUCUCGGUCCCCAUUUCACACGUGCGCAGACGAGGACGCGGACGUUGACGCUUCUUACCGCAUACAUCCAGCGCAACAACGGAAGCGGGUUGCAUCACAUGUUCGCAACAAACCUCUGGAAUUUGUUGUUGGAGAGUUUGGAGAGGGAUGAUAGUGAGGCGGCGGUACAGCUUGGCGUUGGGGUGUUGUGUAUGAGCCUACCGCAUGUUGCAAAUUCGCUGGCGGAUUUCUUGCCGAGGCUUUAUGGGAUUUAUUAUCGGUUGCUUUGUUGGGAUCGGGUUGUGAGAAGGGGGUCUUUGGAUAGUGGGAUCGAGAGUGGAGAUGAUAACUCGCAUUCGGAGAGCGUCGAGUUGGUGAAUGCGUCGCCGAGCAACAAGGAUGAGUAUGAGUGGAAGAAGCUGGAGGCGGAUGCGGCUUCGGCUAUGCCCCCUCCAGCAGCGGCGCUGUUCACGUUCUUGUACGGCCUCUUCCCCGUCAACCUCUUCAAAUUCUUCCGCGAUCCCGCCACCUACCUCGCCUCCUACCCCGACUCCGCUCUCCCCACCUCAUCCCCCCUCUCCCGCUCCACCCGCGCCAUCAAGGAACUCGACGAAGACAUGCUCCGCUCCCGAAGCGCGGCAUACGUCCGCAGGCAUCUCCUUCAUACCAAUUUCCUGAUGUUCACGCCGGAGCAGGAGAGGGCUGAUGUGCAGAGGUGGAUGAGGAAUGAGGUUGGGGGGAUUGUUGCAGAGUGCGUGGGGCUCGAUACGUGGAAUUUGGCGGGUGGGGCACUGCCUUAUAUGCCGGCUUUGAAUGACACAGUAGCUGGUCUGGCGGCUAAUGAGAUGGAUUCGCCGGUGCUUGGGUUCGGGAAGGGGCCUGGGUCGGGGUCGUUGCUUAGUCCUUUGGAGAGUGAGGCAGAUACGGAGGACGUGGCCGCGCGUAGGCCGUCGAUUGCGCAGUCUCUGCAAGGUCAGGGUCAUGGACAGGGGCUGAGUAUCUCGAUCCCGAAUGCAUCGCAGAAUUUGAUGGAGGAGACGGCGCAUCAUCUCGCGUCUCCUGUAUUCCAACAAGGGUUCUUUGCUAUGUCGCCGCCGGAGCAGUCGAGUUUCCUCGCUACGUCCCCGAAGCACGUCCGUGAUUUCGUGCAUAUUGAUAAGACGCUCAAGAGCUUGAUCCCCAGGAGCCGUGCCGUCAGCGUUGAUCGCUCCGCAAAGCCGGACUUGGAAGGUGCGUUGAGUGAUGCUGUUUCUGGACAUGUUGGAUCUCCUGAUCUUAGCCAUGCUGGUACAUCUGAUCAACAGACUAUCGCUCAUCUCCAGCGUGAACUGCUCUUGUUGAGGAAUGAGCUUAAUUUUGAGAGGCACUUGAAGUCACAGCACUUGCAGCACAUCGGUCGUCUCCAACGCGAGCACAUUCUGGAUUCCAGUGUCGAGAUGGAGAGGCAGAACCUCUAUAAUACUACCCGUGCUUUGAAGUCCAAGGUGGUUGAGUUGACCUCGAGCUUGAACAGGCAGAGGAGUGAGGCCAUGGCUACGAAGACCGCGAGGGUUAAGUGGGAAGGUGAGCUUGGUAGUAAAAUCAAGACUAUACGUGAGGACCGCAAGUCCUGGAAGGCUGAGGAAGAGAGCCUGAGGUCUGAGCUUGAGGCGAGGACGAAGGAGGCUGAGAGGUUGAGGAGGAUUGUCGAGGAUGCUGAGCGGGAUGCUACGGCGUUGGCGAUGAAGCUGAAGACGGUUGAGCCUGAUGUGAAGGAGUUCAACCAGUUGAAGGAACAGGUCGAGUCGAUUGAUCGCCAUCGCCAGGAUUGGGAAGACCGCCGGAAUGAUCUCACUGAAGUUCAGAACAAGCUCAACAGAGAGGAAGCCGAGAAGUGGAAGCUCAAGGGACAACUGAGGUCCAUGGAACAAUACCUCGAGCGCGCUCUCCGCGAGCAGGACGACAAGGUCCGUGAUCUCGAGGCGAAGCUUCUCGCUGCUCAAGGGGGUCCUAGUCCACCGGUCACGCCGCCAGCUAAGAUUACAGAUCUCAUUGAGAAUGCGCAACAGGCUUACAGUGCAGAACUCGACAAGCUUCGGAACGCACAGGAAGAGCUUCAGGCGAAGUGUUCUGACCUGCAAGCCAGGAAUGCGUGGAUCACGGGCUUGUACGAGCAAGAACGCGUCAAAAAUGGCAAGAGGUCUAAGCUCCCCGUUGAUGAUUUCAGCAGAACAACGGGUGCUGCGCCAUUGCUCGGUGAUUCUCGCGAGGCGUCUCGUCGACCUUCGCUAGAGACUGGCCUGGCUCCGCCUGAGAGGUCUAUGUCCGUCGCUACUGGUUCAACGCACUCGUCAGGUCACACGCAUCCUAGCGAUCUCGACCGUCGCCUGAGUAGGUCUACCAUGAGUUCGGUCAGCAGCGGUGCAGCAAGUACCAUCCGCUCAGCUGGCGGCUCGCAGAAAACAGGACUGAAGGCCCUUUUGCCGCAAGGCUUGAUAUCCGAGGACGGUGGCUCGAAGAACAAGCAGCCUACUUUUAGGCCGAGAGGUCGUGGUGGUGCUGGUGGGUUUACGAAACCGAAGAAACCGGAGCAAACUAAGCAGAAGGGUAUCAAGACCCCUGUCGGGUCGUUCUUUGACUAUGAGUAG